CCGGCGAGAGCGCGCGUGUGAUGCGCAGCCUCUAACAUGGCCGGCGCUCGGCCGCUCGGGGCCGCCUGGUGCUGGUGGUGGCUGGUGACUACGGCGGCCGCCACCGAGAUAGACCUGCUGGGCGCGCUAUCGCUACACAACGCGUCGCGGCCCGGCGUCACCUUCGCGCCGGGCAUGCAGCCGGAGCGGAUCGCAUAUGUAUUAGAAGGAGAUUCCCGAUCACUGGAAGUGGACAAGGAUGAGUUCGGCCGCGCGGUGCAGCUGGUGCGGCAGUCCCCCGAGUUCACCAUGAUGGCUACCGUGCGCCAGGAGCCCGGCAACACCGGCUCCAUCAUAUCCUUCUCUCACGGAUACAACAGGUACCUGGAGCUGCAGUCGAGCGGGCGGCGGGACGAGGUGCGGCUGCACUACGUGGCGGCGGGCGGCGCGGCGGUGCGGGUGGAGAGCUUCCCGUUCCGGCUGGCGGACGGUGCGUGGCACCGCGUGGCGCUGGCGGUGUCGGGCGCGCAGGUGACGCUGCUCGUCGACUGCCACGACCUGUACAAGCGCACCGUCGCGCCGCCCGACACCAACUUCAGCCAGCCGCAGCUCUCGCUGUGGGUAGGCCAGCGAAACAGCAAGCAUUCCAUGUUCAAAGGGUCGCUGCAGGACGUGCGGCUGGUGGGGGGCCCGCACGGCUACCUGCGCCAGUGCCCGGGCAUGGACUCCGUGUGUCCCACCUGCGGACAGUUCUCCCUGCUGCAGGCCACCGUCGUGCAGCUGGCCGAGACGCUGCGACAAACUAACCUCAAGAUAGACGAACUGCAGGAGCGCCUGGCGAAGUUAGAGGAGUGUGACUGUCAGAAGUCGUGCUACUUUAACGGCACCCUACAUCCUGAUGGCAGCUCGUGGCAAAAGGACUGCAACGUCUGCUCCUGCGUGCACGGGAACAUAACGUGCAGGCCAGUGGAGUGCGGCAAGGUGGGGUGCAAGAAUCCCGUCAUCAACCCCGGAGACUGCUGCCCGACGUGUCUCAGGCAGUGUUUCCUCAAGGGCACGCUGUACGAGCACGGCGAGCGGUAUCGGCCGAAGGAGUGCGCGGAGUGCGUGUGCCACGACGGGAACAUGCAGUGCACGCGCGUGGACCCCGACACCGCCUGCCCGCCGCUGCCCUGCGACCCCCAGGACCAGUUCACGGUGCUCGGCGAGUGCUGUCGAUUCUGUCCGGGCGUGGACUACUGCAGUUUAGGUCACACGUGCGAUGAUAACGCGACGUGUAUGAAUCUCAAUACCAUGUACACUUGUAAGUGCAAUUCUGGAUUUAAGGGCGACGGACAAACUUGUGAAGACGUGGACGAGUGUGAGUCGGAGGGCGGCCUGUACGGGCACCACUGCCACACCAACACGCGCUGCGUGAACGUCGUCGGCGGCUACGUAUGCCAGUGCCAGCCCGGCUACUCGCGCCGCGACAAGUACAACUGCGUUGAGGACGACGAGUGCGGCGCGAACACGCACGGCUGCCACGAGUUCGCGGAGUGCACCAACACGCCCGGCUCCUACACCUGCACCUGCAUGGACGGAUACGCUGGCGACGGACGCACCUGCACGCCGGUGUGCACGGGCGGGUGCCUGAACGGCGGCGUGUGCUCGGCGCCGGAGCGGUGCUCGUGCGCGCGCGGGUUCGCGGGCGCGCGGUGCGAGCGCGACGCGGACGAGUGCGCGGCGGCCGCGCCGUGCGUGCCGCGCGCCACGUGCGUCAACACGCCCGGCAGCUACUACUGCGUGUGCCGGGACGGGUACCGCCGCGACCCGCACCAGGACCACUGCCUAGACGUGGACGAGUGCGCGGAGGGUUUCCACACGUGCGCGCCGAGCGCGCGGUGCGUCAACACCGACGGCGGCUUCCGCUGCGAGUGCGACGCCGACAACUGCGAUCUCAGCUGCUCGUGGCAGGGGGGCGUGGUGUCGGACGGCGCGCGGUGGGCGGAGGCCGGCGGCUGCCGCGCGUGUUCGUGCCGCGCCGGCGUCGCGCGGUGCGAGCGCGCUCUCUGCGCCUGCGAUAUUGACAACACCACGCUCUCUCUGGCGAGCUCGGACAUGUCGGCGGCGCUGGCGCCGGCGGCGUGCUGCCCGCACUGCGACGAGCGGUUCCACUGCCGGCACCAGGAGAUGCACCACGUGCGCUUCCGCAGCGGCGAGCGCUGGCUCUACCAGUGCCAGAUCUGCGAGUGCCUGCUGGGUGAAGUAGACUGCUGGGAGCCGGCGUGCGCGGAGGCGGGGGGGUGCUGCGCGGGAGAGGGGGUGGCGGGGGGCGGCGAGGGCGCAGCGGGGGCGGGGGGGCCGCGCCGCCUGCAGCUGGCCGGCUGCGCGCCGCCGCACUGCCCCGACUGCCAGGGCGGGCAGUGUGCUACUUUGGUGAGCAAUCUCGCGUGUUGUGUGCAUCGGUAACCAUCCCCACUCUUCUUAUUCAUUCGUUUGCUAAUUAGGACCUUCAUGUGCGAACGUGGCUUUGUCGAACUGAAUAAUUGAGAAGUAAUUUAAAAAAUCAACUUUUAAAAUAAAUUUGUCAUAGAAUUUCAAUGCUUUCUUUGAACGGUAAUUGUGUUCAGUGAUUCGAACCGUCAUUAAACAUGUCCGAUAAUGCCACCGAUCAGGGACCCAAUUCUCUUACCUCGAAUUACGAUUCGGUUCGCAGUCUGCGACAGGCCGUAAACCGAACCGAGGUCCGAGCUUAUAGAACUGGUGCCCGAAUGUUUCAUAUCGAGGUAUCGUUAAAGU